UACAAGAAUGGCAUCUCCAACACCAGCUCCCGUGAAGAAAGUGCCGAUUCAUCUUCAGAGUGCGCAAAAUAGACUGUACAUCAAGCGUGGUCACGUCGUAAACCAUGAUGGAAUGCAACAGGCGGAUGUGUACAUCGAGGAUGGAACUGUUCGGUACGUUGGUUCUGGUGCGGACUUUGUAGUUCCUGGCGGCUGUCGCACGAUAGAUGCUGCUGGUAAGCUGGUUCUGCCCGGUGGUAUCGAUCCGCACACACAUUUCCAGCUAGAGUUUGGUGGCACUGUUUCGGUAGAUGAUUUCUACAAGGGCACCAAGGCCGCCGUAGCCGGUGGCACCACAACUAUUCUGGACUUUGUGCUUCCGAAGAAGGGUGAAUCUUUGCUCGAGGCGUACGAUACUUGGCGGGCACGGGCCGACCCAAAGGUGGUGUGUGACUAUGGUCUGCACGUUGGUAUUACCUGGUGGUCCAAGUCCGUCCGGGAUGAGAUGAAGAUCCUGUGUCAGGAACGUGGCGUCAACUCGUUCAAAUGCUUCAUGGCUUACAAAGGUCUGUAUCAGCUGAACGAUUCGGAGCUGUACGAAGUGUUUGAAACGUGCAAGGAGCUAGGAGCAGUGGCGAUGGUGCAUGCAGAAAAUGGCGACAUCAUUGCGAAAAAUGUUACCAAACUGCUGUCCGAAGGUGUGACCGGACCGGAAGGACACGAGCUGUCCCGCACGGAGGAAGUCGAGGCGGAGGCCACCAAUCGCGCCUGCGUAAUUGCGCAUCAGGCUCACUGCCCAUUGUACGUGGUGCAUGUAAUGAGCAAAUCGGCCGGUAUUGAGGUAGCACGUGCUCGUCGCCGUUACAAUGCGGUUGGCAUCUUUGGCGAAACACUGGCGGCUGCACUCGGCACCGAUGGUACACACUACCACGACAAAUGCUGGCAUCAUGCAGCCGCCCACGUACUCAGCCCGCCGUUACGACCCGACCCUACCACGCCGGAGUUUAUGAUGAAACUAUUAGCCCAGGACGAUCUCCAGACGACGGGCAGUGAUAAUUGCACAUUCAAUCGAAACCAAAAGGAGCUGGGACUGAAGGAUUUCUCGAAAAUUCCCAACGGUGUCAACGGUGUUGAGGAUCGUAUGUCCGUAGUCUGGGAAAAGGGCGUUCAGUCGGGAUUAAUUGAUCCACAGCGUUUCGUAGCCAUCACUAGCACGAAUGCAGCCAAAAUUUUCAACCUCUAUCCAAGGAAGGGACGCAUUGCUCCUGGCUCCGAUGCCGAUUUAAUCAUCUGGGAUCCAAAGGCAGUGCGCACAAUUUCGGCCUCCACCCACCACCAGGCGUGUGAUUUUAACAUCUUUGAAGGCAUGAAAUGUCACGGCGUACCAGAGUUUGUGAUCGUUCGAGGACGUGUGUGCGUCGAGUACGAUUUGAUUCGCGUCGCGGAGGGUCAAGGUUCGUUCCUGGAAACUCCUGUCUAUCCAUCAUUCGUAUAUGAUGCAUUGAAUGGAGUAUCCCGUUCGGAUGAUGGUAUGGAUGAAAAACAUGCCCGCAAUGGGAUCCAAAAUCUUGACCUAAACUCCAAAUCGAGCCAUGAUGUCGAUAUCCCCGAUGCGUACGCACUUCCCGAGAAGUACAUUCCCGGACCGGCAUUGAGUGUUAUCUCGGGCGAUUCGCAGCUCAGCACUCCCCAUAGCGCACGCGGACAUCGUCCCGAUGGGACGAAGAAUAUGCAGGAAUCUACCUUUUCCAUCAGUGAGGAACUCGACAAAUCGGAAGCACGCUCUUGUAUUCGCGUAAGAGCUCCCCCCGGUGGAAAGUCUUCCGGAUUCUGGUAA